AUGAAGCUCUCCACCGCCCUCACCCUCCUCCUAGCCCCCCUGGCAGCCUUCGCCAAACCCCCCAAGCGCACACCUGACCGCGAACUCAGACUCGACCAGCUUCCCGCCUGCAUGCGGUAUUGCAUAGCCGAAACCAAAUGGCGCCUAAGAAGUCCCAUCCCCAAGACAACUGGGCAGUGGUGCCAUAUCACGGCGCCGCCCCAGACCCCGGAUUGGAUCGACUGGGGUCGAACCAUGGACAAGUGCAAGAAGCACCAGUGCGAGAGCAGCAUCUUCUGGGUCGACACCGCCAUCUGGCACUAUGACCAGUGCCUCUACCGUAGGGACAAGGAAGAGAGCUUGGCGUUCUUGAAUGACUACCGCAGGGCUUAUUGGUGGCCAAACGAACGUCAGCCUAUUCGGCCUCCACAUCAUAAGAAUUGGAUUUCAGACGAGCGAAUUGGUGUUCCUCAAUACCAGAUAGAUUGGGAGGAAGAGUAUGUGACGAAGCCUGCUGCACCACCUAUCCAGGAGCCUCAGUAA